AUGCUGGAGGCAAUGUUGAAGAUCUAUGGGGAACACAAAUCCCUCCAAGAACAGAUGGCGGUUUUCUAUACAACAAAGCAGGGAAGCAAGGAGUCUGUGAUGGAAUUUUCACACAGGCUCCAUGCCGCAUUUGAAGCCAUAACAGAUGCACAGUUAAGUGGCGGUGUGACUGUCAUGACUCAGCAGGUCCUGAGGGAUCAGUUCAUUGCUGAGCUGCGCAAUGAGCUGACCAAGCGCAUGUUAAAAGAGCGAAUACUCCAAGAACCUUCGCUGACAUUUUUGGCUGCAAAAUUGUGGUGUUUAUCAGCUGUGUCUGAUUUAUGUAGAUAUUUAAAGUUAGAAUAUUGUAAACCGGUUGAUCCACAACAAGAAGUUAACCACAUUAAAGUGUGGGUUGUGGGAGGAAGCAAGAUCCAUGUGCCUGCCCAUUCAAUGGUAGUACUUCAAGUGAAAGGUAGAGUGGGGAUGACUGUAGAUAGAAAUGUUCUUUUCGAACCGGCCAGGGACUUGGAGCACAAGGGUUUGAUUUUGUCCCACACUGUUACUGUACUGCGACAUGGUGUAUGCUUAGUCCAGGCAAUCAACAUGGGGGACGAAAACUUGUUCUUGGCAAAAGGCACCCAGGUCGGUGCGAUUUCAGAUGCCACAGUAGACUUAAGCAAGUAUUUUAAAGUAGUUGGUGCCCAAGAGGUCCAAAUUUUGUCAUCACCAGUUAGGGAGCAUGAUGAACCAACCAAAUGUCCCAUUGACCUGAGUCAUUUUGAGGGUAGCGAUAGUGAGAGACAGCAGCUAGAGGCAUUGAUAAUAAAGUAUGACAGUCUCUUUGCCAAAGAUGACUGCGACAUUGGGUACACUGACAGGGUCACCCAUAUUUCUUUAUCAGAUGAUACCCCUGUUAAACAACCGUAUCGUCGGAUUCCACCAGCGUUUUACAGAGAAGUACAGGACCAUUUACAAGGGUUGUUAGAGAAACAAAUUAUUAGAGAAAGUUCCAGCCCUUGGGCAUCCCCUAUUGUGUUAGUAAGAAAGAAAGAUGGUACCCUUAGAUUGUGUGUUGACUAUAGGUCCUUAAAUAGUAAAACAAAAAAAGAUGCUUAUCCACUUCCUCGGGUUGAUGAAUAUCUUGAUGCCUUGGGAGGAGCUAAACUGUUUAGCUCUUUAGAUUUAGCAAGUGGGUAUUAUCAAGUCGCCAUGACACCAGAGGAUAGGGAGAAAACAGCAUUUACCACGCCAUUCGGUUUGUUUGAAUAUAAUCGAAUGCCGAUGG